AAAAAAAAAAAAAAAAAAAAAAACCAAUAAAAAAAAAAAAAAAAAUAGCUACAAUAAAAAAAAACUAUGUCUACUCGUACUGUAAAAACUCAUAACAACCACCAUAAAGCCAAUUUUGUCAAAGGAAAUAACAAGGCUAAUUUUGUCAAUGCUCCUCCUUCUAUUUCUGUAAAGAAGCAACAACAUACCAUCCAGCAACCCAACAAGAAAAAGUUGCAGGCAACUCCCAACAAUAACAAUAAGCAUGGUCGUAAGAAGAUAGUAGAAGAAGUUGAAGAAGACUAUUACUACCAAACCCGAAAGAGUGAACAGGUGUACGCUGGACCUACCUUUAACAAUGCUCCUGCCCCAAGUGCACUUCCUAUCCCUGCCUUUAACGCCCGUGGUUCUCCUAUCAACUACCCUCAACCACUCUAUCAUGCCACUAACUCUUUCCAACAACAAUCCAUGGAUUUAAUGAACUUGAUUGCUCCUCAGAAAGUCAUUACUGCCUAUGAAUUGGAAAAGACUAACCUCGCUCUCUCCGAAAUUCAACGUGGUCUUCGUUCUAUGCUCAAGAUCGAAUCCUAAAAGAAUUUCCUCCCCUCCAAAAACAAACUUUAAAAGAAAAAAAAAAAAAAAACGAAAAAACAAAAACAACAAAAAAAGAAAAACAACAAAAAAAAAAAAAAA